AUGUCGGCACCAACCAAUCCAAGAGUUUCUAAAACUAAAAGGAAAUCCAGAUUACCUUUGAGUACUAAUUCUAAGAAGAAAAGGUCAAAUGGUGGAUCUAGUAACAUCGCUGAAGGAUCUAGUAGUUCUGUUGGUGGAUCUACAGUUGAUGAUGGUGGACUUCAUGUAUGCAGUCUCUCCCAAGAAGCCGAGGAUAGAAUUGUGGAUAAACUCUUUAAUAAACUUUCAAACCAUGGUCUUCUUCAAACUUCGGCAGUUAGUGAAGUGGUAUCCAAUCAACAAGCGGGGGCUGUAUCAUCUGAAGAUAUACCGUCUACCCUAUCUUCGGAUGGGAAUAUAUCAGAACGAGACUUCCUAGUGCGUGGUUUCCAGGAAGGUUUUCGGAUUCCGUUUAAUGGCGAAAGAAAUUCCGUGUGUCUAAAAAUCAUAAUUCUUGUCAUCAAAAUGAAGAGGCAUUCGUUCAGAAAUUAG